AUGCAGCAAAAGCCAUUGCAAAGGUUUGUACCAAUAUCAGUUCGAUUCUUCCCGGCAAAAAAAGAUCCUUACGACGCCUUGGCAACUGAUGGAAUUCUUGAGAAGCUUUCAAAGUUCAUAUCGGAGUAUGACGGCUCGAAAUUCUUCCACGUUAUUUGGCAUUUCAGGCCCAGCCUCCGUGUUGUUAAACUCGGUGCUGGUUCUGAUGCAGCAACUUCCAAGAUCUCACAAUCCCUGCGGCAUGACAAAGGCCAGAAUCUCUUUUCAAGUUACGUGCUUACCGAUGCGGCAAAAUCGCAGCUCAAAAGCGUCGCGGACGUCGAGUUCGCUUCCGCCAACAUUAAGAGAGACCUGGCUGACCAAGGUUUUGGAGACGAAGAAUUUGACCUUAUCAUUGGUGCCAGGGUCUUGCACAGAACGACCGACGUUGUGAGAAGCCUGUCCAAUAUUCAAAAACUCUUCAGCCCGGAAGGAAGACUACUAGUGCAGGAGCCAUCAUUGGGACUCCUCUGGGCCAAAUCAAUUCUUGAAAACCUGCCGUCUUGGUGGUCUGGACAGGAUGGUGACGAGGCAAUCUCCACGGCCAGUAUCAAUGCUCUUGUAGAUGUAUUUUGCGAUUUCCGGGGCCGGAGUUACGAUGGCUUUCGCGGUCCGGAAUAUGAGUACCCAAUUUCGGACGGGACCAUUCCAGUCAAUCAAGUCUUCCCCUUGGAACUGGAUACUGAUAUGCAGGAGUCAUUUCAACUUCCAGAAGCGUCACUGGCGAUUGGUAGAAGAAGUCAACUGGGCACCCUGCACCGGUCUGCUCAACGACCUACUAUUCCGCAAGGAGACGAGAUAGAAGUCGAAUUUCAUGCGACUGGUCCCUAUUUCAGGCUGGAUAUUCUGGUUGCUAUAGGUAUUCUAAAAGUCCCUGAGACGAGCUUUGGCUAUGAAGCCGCGAGCAUGACAAUCACAACCUCUUUGGUGCAAUUUGAAAAGCUAUGUGAAAAGAUACCAAACCCUAUGAGUCUCCCUGGCGCUGCUAGCUCUUCCCUACGUUUUACAACGGCAAUGUAUGGGCUUAUGGACAUGGCUCGUCUUGAAGAGAGACAGAUCAGUAAUUAA